AUGGCUCUCAACAAGAAGCGUUCUGAACGGCAACUUGAACUGGCUCCGUAUGAGACUUUAGUCUCGGACAUCGUUCAGGGUGGCGCGCUCACCUUCUUUUUCUCGCCCUAUCCCUUUCGUCCCCAUCUUGUUCCUCAGCUCUUGUUCAGCCGCAACAGCAAGCUUAUUUACAGAUGCGGGGGAGAAGAAGCCGAUCUCGGUCCCGUCAGCGUACCGGCGAACACGACGCUGAUCAUUGUCACAAGCGCCAAGGUGCUUUGGUUUGAAGCCGGACAGUCCGGAGAGCUGGACUACGGCCCUCGGUAUCGAUCGGAAUUCCGUACGAUCCGUUAUUUUACCACUCUCGUCUUCCACGGAACCCUAGAGCAGGCCUACAAUCUCUUCGACGACUAUUACUGCAAGAUCAACAACCUCCCCUCCAGGUGGACUAGGAACAAAGUGCCGGCUGCUCUCGUCGAGGCAAUUCAACGGGAAGAAAGAGAGUCUGUGCAGCAGCGGACUGGGGCUGACGCCAACACAAUAAAGAUAACUGUUGAGCAGCCGCACAUGAGAGCCAGCACGCUCCCCGCGAAGAAAAUUAGCAGAGCGGAAUUGACGAAAGGUCUCGAUGACCCCAAAGACCCUAUUCGUCGGGAUCCGUCUGACGACGGCGAGGCACAUUCAUCAACCACCGCUCGCAGUUCUCAACAACACUCAAAGUCGGAUUCCAUGGUGGCAAUGGACAAGUUGAUCGAAGAUGCCUACACCAGCUGGCUAGAGCUCGGGUCUGACGACGACGGGCUGACCCAGGUCCCCACCCCUGGGUCAACCCUCGGGUCCGGGGAAAAGGGGGAGGAUGAACUGCUCGUUGGGUCCAAAGUGACGCCGCUGGCUACAUUUGUACUCCACAGGCCCUUGCCUUCUGAAGAGAAGGCCCCAUCACCACGGCGACGUUUCGCCGAAUGGUGCCGCCGGGGCUUCAAGAAAUUGGUACGUGCAGAAGGUUAG